AUGUUUAGGACACUCAUAAGAAGUUUGAGACAGCCCAGUAUAUAUAAAGCUACCCCAUCAGUCAGAUGUCUAGCGUCAACCCCGGUCUUUCGUUUCCCCGAAACAUCAGAACAAAGCACAUCUCUGACACAAGCACCACUUUCAACACCUUCUACGGAGUCAAAGAAAUUGAAAUCCAAGCCAAUUGUUGAACCACGUACAAGACACAACACGCACACUUUGGAAGAGUUUCUCACACUUAUUGGCCGUAACUGUAUUGAACACUCUGAUGUUUUUGAAGGCUCAUUGGAGAAGUUUUUGAAAACCAGCAGCUUGGAAAUGAAAGAAGCAGGCAUUGAGACGAGAACGAGAAGAUACUUGUUAAGAUGGAGACAUAAGUUUGUCAAUGACUUGGAACCUUUGAGAGAACACAAGCGAGGCAAGAAGCGUAAUGGUGGUGAAAGAAAGCAAAAAGCAGUUCUUGGUGUAAGGAGAGCAAAGAAGAAAUUGGAAGAAAGAAAUGAAUACAAUAGAUUAGAAGCUGAGGCAGAGGCAAGAGGCGAAAGGGUGUUUUAA